AGAACAUAGGCUACAGCAGUAAUAUGCUAUUCAUCUUUUCAACGCUAUUGUGGACGGCUGUGUAAUUCUGAAAUGGAAACUUGAAUUGAAACACGCUGGAGUGUCAUCUAGCGCCGUGCGCGUUUCACGGGGACUGUCCAUUGCUUUUGGUGCUGAUCUCGAGGAAGCACCAAUUGUGGAAGCGUUUCAAGGGGUUGCCGCUUGCCAAGUUUCCAAAGGCGGGACCUGAUGUAGGGCCUAUCAUACAUAGUCAAUAUCAAGUCAACGUGGAAAGGCAAUUGAAAGUUAUGCAUAGAUGAAAACCUGUUUAGACACAGCCGUUCUCGCACGGACUUGGUGUCCUAGAAGGAAUUUGCCAAUCGGUGGAGGGUGCGAGAGGGGCGACAAGCAGUCAUGUCGGACAACUUUACCGAUUUUGGCAAUACGACACAGCCGGUUGUCACCGACUACAACUAUCCUGCUCUAAUAUUCGGAAUAUUGCUGAUCAUUGUUAUUAUUGGAGGAAAUGUGCUUGUGUGCCUUAGUGUUUACAAGGAGAAAGCGUUGAAAACUACAACAAACUACUUCAUUGUCAGUCUGGCUUUUGCGGACCUACUGCUGGCUGUUCUGGUUUUGCCCCUCUUUGUGUAUGCAGAGUUCCAGGGUGGAGUGUGGACCUUAAACAUGCUGGUGUGUGACGGCCUGAUGACCAUGGAUGUGAUGCUGUGCACCGCUUCCAUAUUUAACCUCUGCGCUAUCAGCGUUGACAGGUUCAUUGCCGUUUCCAUUCCCUUAAACUACAACCGAAAACAUGUGGACCACCGUCAGAUGAUCCUGCUGUCCGCCACAUGGCUCCUGGCCCUUGCCGUUGCAUCACCCGUUAUGUUUGGCAUCAAUGAUCCCAAUGAUAUCCCCCAACGCGACCCCAGCGAAUGCAAGCUGGAGGAUGACAACUAUGUGGUGUACUCCUCCGUCUGCUCCUUCUUCAUCCCCUGCCCCAUCAUGCUGCUCCUCUACUUUGGAAUUUUCCGGGGUCUUCGGCGCUGGGAGGAGGCUCGCAAGGCCAAGCUGAAGAACAGCAUCCAGGCUUGCCGGAAACUCCAGCAUGCUGCCGCCGCCCUACCCCCUGUAGACCCCCUCCCUGGCCCACUGACCAUGCCCCUGCCCAGGAUCAUCGAACGUGACCUGGCCCAGUCUGGCCUGGAGGAGGAAGAGGACUGUGUGCAGCCGGACUGCCCUUUUCCUCCAGAGUACAGGAAGAGUUCCAUUGAAACUGUAACUUACCCAGACCUGUCCUCUUACAACCAGCAGCCACCGAGGAAAACAAGAGCUAAGAUUAACAGCCGGGAGAGGAAGGCCAUGAGGGUGCUCCCUGUUGUGGUGGGUUGCUUUCUAUUCUGCUGGACGCCAUUUUUUGUAGUGCACACCACCCGUGCCCUUUGCAAGUCAUGUGAUAUCCCGGACGGUCUGAUGAGCACCGUCACCUGGCUGGGUUACGUCAACAGCGCACUCAACCCCAUCAUCUACACCGUCUUCAAUACAGAGUUCCGAAAGUUUUUCAAAAAGUUCUUUCACAGCUGUUUCUGGCAUUAGACAACCCCUCUUCAAAGACAAUGUGUCACACAGUGGUGUCAAUCACUAGUUCUGCACAUUUCUUGGUUUUCAUCAAACCAUGAACAAUGUUAAUGUAGUGUCUUUAUUUAUGUAAGAUAUCCCAUGCAUAUAAGCGCCUUCUGAAAAUGAAGUGUGUGACCUGAGUGGAGAAUCUACCUAAUCAUGAUGAGUCAUAGGUCACCCUAUGCAGGAGUCUCAAUUUCUGACAAAUGAGACUAUGUAGGUCUAGGACUAAGACCAUUAGGUAAAAAAGCAGCUGCUUGGAGACUAGCAAGGCCCUUAAAACAUUGUCAGUAUAAUGGAUAGCACUAUGAUCAGAUACUGUAUAUGAUCACAUCAAUGUGUGAUUGUAAUGCCAACACUUUGAAGGAUAGGCUCUGAUAUGCUAACAUCAUGCUAUAAAAAGGUGCAGACAUGCCUUUUUGUUUAUUUUUAUACCUUUAUAUCAGUAUACCUGGAGCAGCCUCAACAUGAUAAAAUGAAAAGUUAGGGCACCUUUGAAAUUUAACUUUGUCCUGAAAAUCAAACAGCAUUAACCUUGAAUGUCCUGUCACUCCACAGGAGUGAUAUAUUGACUUACAUAUAGAUUUAUGUAGUUGAAUUCUGAACCUAUCCUUUAAUUGUUUGGGGCAUUGCAUGAAUAAGAAUAUAAAAAAAUAAUCAUAUUAAAAAGAGGUCUAAAUGCAUUCAAGAAUUUAACAGUUAUAUUCUAGCGUUUCAUGACUACAUCUUAAUCUUAAGUACUCAUGAUGUUUAAACAUAAGUAACUUUGUAAAAAGCAUAUAAGCCUUCAGUAUGAAUACACAUUACUUUAUUACUAACCUCAAAAACAAAUCUCUCCAAAUGUAUUUGUUUUAUUAUUUCACAUUGUUUUUAUUAUUAUUGCCAUUUUACCAAAGCCAAUAUUUCUGCCUGAUACAGCAGUAUGUAUGUUUGGUCAUUGACAGUGCCUACUGUUGUUAUGCCAUAUCCACGUUUUAAGUGGAAGCUUUCCAAUAAAAAGCAUCUUUCUGAUACUUAAACUCGUGCCUUUCUAUCUUUCAUUCUUAACGGUGCUUGGGUAUGUGGCCAUGUAAAAAAAAUGCC